AUCCAAUAUGGCGGAGGUAACGACAGUUGCGAGGCUAUUGAGGGUUUCAAGCCUGAAAGCUUAGAAUUGUUGCUCGGAUCAGAUAAAUAUUCUAAUGGCUAGAAAAAAUGUUUGACCAAACUCAUUUUUCGGUACUGGAAAUCUGGUUUGCUUUCGUUAGAGGAGAUGUACCAUCAUCCAAGUAGAGCCGCCAAGACAGGACGAGUGGUUGCUAGGGAUGUAAGUUUAGUUUAUAUCAAUCGCAGACAUGGUAUGCUGAGCGAUGAUUAAGGAAAUAUUCCGUAAUCCUGAGUUCUAUAUGUUAACUACAAUAUUUCUUGUUCCGCUAUUCAUAACAGGGUGCAAAUUUCGGCUUGCAAUACAGUUUGCAAGCUCAAGCAACUCCAGUUAUUGAAAGACCUCCUGGCAAGCAGGUGAGUAGAGAUAUCUCACACAUUAGGAAGCUUUACUUCACGCAUCUUGUUAUUUUAUUGUUAAGGUAAAUUUGUGCCAAUAUGGAAAUAUCUCUUAUCAUUAAAAAAAAUUAUAGACACUGCGUUAAAAUAUCCUCAAAAGAUCCAAAUUGUACGAUUAUUUUAUUUCACCUAAAGAUCGCUAAAGUAUCUCGUCAUUGACCUGGUAAGAAAAAAAAGUGCCUGUCAUUUUAUCAAGUGAACAAAAAAUUUCAUCGUUCAGAUUUUUCAUAGCCUGUUUUUCUUCAUUUAUCACUGCAUCAUGUUAAUUGUGGUACGGUGAUAAGUUGAUUACAAAUGAAAAUAAGAUUACCACAUGUGAUGGUCGUUUCACAAUGCCUGAAAAUCAUAGGCAAUCCCAGAGUGGAAGCAAAACCCUCACAGUCGUGAGUCUGGAUCUUUAACAAGACCAGCAUCAAAUACAAGGAUUGACAAUGGAACAAAGUAUCGGCACACCAUGUCACCUCCCCAAGAUAUGGAACGUCCUUCAUCUAUUUUACGUAAGUAAUUCAAAUUUCCUCAUCAAAUUGUGCAUUAACUAUGAGAAACAAUAUACAUAAUAACAGCAUGUCAAAUGGCAUAUUUAUUUACUGUUGUUUGAAAGACAUAUCAAGAGAAGUCUCCAAAUUGGGUUGGUUUGGUUGGAGCUCUGGCAGGGUUAGAGGGCCUUCCUCCAGGCAUGAUCAUAAAUGGAUACUGUCAACCAACUACAGUAGUGAUUUGACAAGAAGAUGAUGUUUCCCUGUCAAAUUCAUGACCUAGAUCAUCCAAUCUCUUACCCAGAUAAAAUCCAACAGAACAUGGUGGCUGAAUACAUUGACUUAAAGAAUGCAGUUACAUGUGCAUAAGCACAGGCAACCCAAAACUAACAGCAUAUGCUAUUAUUAUAUAUAGGUAUUUAUAAUGGCUAUGUAUGCCCAUAAUGUUUGCAAUAUUCUUCUGCAGUUCCUAGGGUACAGCAAUUAUACUAAAAGGGAGACUCAAUACUUGAUUGGUAUAAUUUAGCAAGAUUGUAUAGCAAUACUGGUCCUUACAUGCAGAUUAUUUGUGCUCUGAAAACCAAUUGUAUUAGUCACAUGGCCCAACUCCAUUUGGAUGGUGUUUCCUUUUAUACUUAUUCAUAAAUAAACUUUUUUUUUCCAGAGUAUUCCCAUUCAAGUGUUGAUCCAGUGCAAGACACAAAACAGCAUUACGCCACAACAUCUUUCAGAGAACUUCAUAAAGUACAGCGUCAGGUGUUGCAGCCAGCACCAGCUUAUGUUGCAGACCAUUCAACUGCCACAACAGGAGCAAUGGCCAUAAGUCAAAGUAAAGUGACCCAGGAAGGUACACAUGAUGAUAGUCUACAAGGACGACAAACAUUAAGUGCAGGAUCACAGUCUCAAUCCAGAAAUAAAACACAAGUGUUUUUACCAGGUGAGAAUUGUAAAUAUGCAAACAAAGUAUAUAUUUAUUAAAAUGUCUGUCUAAUUAAAGUGCACUAGAUAGGUGUCUUACAUUAUCACCAGAAACUUUUUAGCUACAGGGAUGGAAAUGAAUGUGUGGAAAUGAAUGCAAUUGAUGUAAUACACUUGGGACCUAAGAAUUUGCAUUUAUAUAUAAAGCAUAUAUUUAACUUAUUCUGAGGGUUCUUUUUGGUUAAGAUUAAGUGUGUAACAGUUGUGAAUAAAUGGUUUUAACUUGACCACGGUGUACUACAGUGACCAUCACUCUUGAGAGCUUUUCCUAAUGAGAAUGUGAUUUUGUACUAGACAAGAGGUUAUUCACCAUCAAAUUAAGAAAAGGAGGAUUUAAGACUCAAUGUCAAAGCAAAGUAUGGGAACACAUUUUACUUUCUCUGUAAUACUGAUCAAGCUUGCUGAAUUAAAAAAGGAUGAAGGCCUAUUUAUUUUUUUGGAGUGUUUAUUUAAAAUUUUGAAAGUAUAAGGAAUGUAAAAAUUGUAUCCGCAUUGUAACAUUUAUUAUACCAGAUUCUUUUCCAUUUAGGGGACAGGGUUAUAUUUGCUGAGUCACCUUCAUUUCCUGGUGUACCUAUUGUUUACCGCCUUCCUGAGGAAAGGCAGGCAAAUCCUGACAGGCUCAACCUUGACAGGUACAGUUUAGUAUGUGAUCAUUAGAUUGUGAUAAAUCAACUUCCCUGGGCACUCACACUUCUUGAUUCACACAAGCUAUUAGCCUUUGGAAACCCCUUAUUACUACAGAAAACUUUUUUAAGUCAGCAAGAAUAACUGCGAACUGUGUGUUGGAAUGUCUAAUAGGGAAUGCAGUAUUUGCAAGAUAGUCUACAAUAUAUAAUUUUAUUUAAACCUCAAAAUAGUAUUUCCUGGAUUAAAAAUAUAUAUGUAUUUUUCACAAUUUUCCUGCUAGGAGGAGGUUGACUACUUGCCCAAUUCUGGAAGGUGAAGACUACCUGAGACUUCUUAACUUUCAACACAAUCUAAUUAGUAGAGUCUCUCAUCUAGAAAACCUUAAGAGACUGAUCUUCUUGGAUUUCUAUGAUAAUCAGAUCGAAGAAAUUUCAGGUCUCUCUGCUCUACGAUCACUCAGGGUACUCAUGCUGGGCAAAAACAGGUUGGUAAAUAUAGGAACAUGUACAGUCGUGAUGAUAUUGCAAAGGGAAACUACUUGAAAGUUGCACCCUUUAGUGACUACAUAAAAAAAAGUCUGGCACACAGGUCAUGAAAUCUGGUAUAUGUACAUUUAAAAGGUACCUUUUGAAUGGCUGAUAAUUAUAUAUUUCCAACCACUUUUCCAAUAAUAGUAAAUCAGGUGGUAGUAUUUCCAGUAAAAGCUUGUGAUAAAGAUUUUCUAACUUAGCUUGACAAUCAUGACAAGUUAAUAGCAAAUUACAUAUUUCCAGCGACCCUUGACUUUUCAAUUAUUUUAAACAACAGGAUAAGGAAUAUCAGUAAUUUGGAUUCUCUCACAAAGCUUGAUGUUUUGGAUCUGCAUGGCAACAAAGUAGGUGUAAUGCUAGUAAUGCAUGUAUGUAAUGGCAACUGUGGAGACUUUUACCAUGGAACUUAAAGUGGAGUCAUUGAACCACAUUGAUUAUAACAGAAUUCUUUUGAAGUUUUUUCUUCCAUUAGUAUUUAUGAUUAGAAAUUAAGAUUGAUAAUUCAUUUACAGUUGUACUGCACCUAAAGUAUUGCAAUAUUGGUUGAAAACUGUGGAAUCAAUAAAACAUACAAAAAAGCACAUAGCAAAAAUGACAACAAAAAAACACAAAUGCUGGAAAACCAAAAGGGAGUUUUUGAAAUUAGUGAAGUUAAGUCUCCAUACAAGUCUGGCAGUGUAUAGUUGUGGAACCAAAUUCAAGAAUAUAACACAGUCUGGAGGAUUGUAUACUGUAGGUUAUAAAGUACACCUUGAAAUCUGAAAAUUACUUUUCACAACUUUUAUGCCAUCAAAGAGCUAUUUGUAAUCCUAAAACCCCACUUGUUUGUUGUAAAUCUGUGAAUUACUAUUAAAGGGCUACUGCUAAGCCAGUUUGAAGGUCAAAGUUAAUUAGUGACUCCAGGCUGUACACACAUUUGAAGUCUUAACUAUUGCUCUACUCAAUUUAUAUGCUUACAGAACAAGAACUUCAUCAAUUUUUUAUGUUAAAUUUAUUUUUCAUGAACUUGCAGAUAGUAAAGAUUGAGAAUCUUAGUCAUCUGACUGAACUGCGGGUUCUUAACUUGGCUGGAAAUGAAAUUGUUCAUGUGAGUAGUGUUAGUGGAAUGAGAGCUCUGGCUGAACUUAACUUGAGGAGGAACAAAAUCUGCACUGUGGUGAGCAUAUUUACACCCACAAUUUUUUGUAUGGUCUGUUAAUGAAGGUUUCACUGUAAAUUAAAUUCCAAUGUUUUUAUAGUGUUUUUUUUCUCCCAUGAUUUUAAAGAACACAUAUCUUGGCCUUGAUGCAUGGCUCCGUUUGAUCUUUGAUAAAUAUGAUACAAAGGAAAAACAGGUUUUUCUUCUGCUUUUUUAAACACCGAGUGAAAAUUCAUCACUUUGUUUCACUGAUUUCUAGGAAGACGUAGAUUUGCUGCCAAAUCUUCAGAGAUUAUUUCUCAGUUUUAAUUGCAUCACAAGGUAUGAACACUUGCAUCACAUGAUCACUGGGCAAAAUAUGAGCAUUUUAGGAGGUGGCUGCUUUUGGAUCAAACAGUGUAACAAUAAAAAAAAAACACUCAGUUGUUAUAGCAUGACUCAGUUUUUUUUACUCAGUUUAAAAUUUCUUGUUGUUCCAGUGGCCUUUUUAAUGCAUAGCUAGAAUGAGUUUUCCUAAGACAAAUUGUCCCCAUAAAAAGAAGAGUAAAGGUUUCCUUCACGGACAUUUGUUUUUUGUUGAGGGAAGUUUACACUUACUGUGUAUCUGCUCCUUAGGUUAAUUGAUUUAUACUUUAAUUUUAUGUAUUUUUAUAUGUAUUUUAAUUGUUACAACCGUUUAUUAUUAUAAUAAUAAUAAUAAUAAUAAUAAUAAUUAUUAUUAUUAUUAUUAUUAUUAUUAUUCAGCUUUGAUGACAUUCAGUGUUUGGCAAACUCCACGUCUUUGAAUGAGUUAUCCCUGGAUGGAAAUCCCUUUGCAACUCACUCUAACUACAAGCAGAGUGUUCUCAGAAAUCUGUCAAGCUUGCGGCAGUUGGACAUGAAGAGAAUAUCAGUAAGAGUUGUGUUUAUAUCUUGUUGUACAGAUACAGUUCUUUGCCAUCGAUGCCGGUGUACAUGUAACUUACAGACAAAACAUGAAAGCGAUAUUCUGGAUUAGUAUACACGACACACGCCGAUUGGUUUUGUUUAAAAGUGAUUAGAAAGUACUCUUCAGCUCUUCAACUCCGAGCAGCUGAAGAGACAAAAUCGUACGUCGAGAGUUAAGAUUUCGACCAUUUUGCGGAAUAUUGGUACAAACAAACUGCGUUUCUGGUUUCUAUGCGGUAUAUACUAAACAGUUAAUCACUUCAGUGUCGGUGAAAGUAGAAGAUAUUUACCUCCACAUCCGCAAAUAAUAGUUAAGUAUAAAAAAUAUAUCAUAUAUGUGUUUAGUAGACUGGUUAGUUGCAGUGAAAGCCAAUAACUAAUGCUUUUGACCAGUAACAUAUUCAUGAUGCUUGGCUGAGAGUAACAUACUUGAACUGCGUCGGAUGACUCCACUUACAAGAGGGAUGACCCAGAAGGUAUAAGAACAUACGACGAAAUAAUUAACAAAUGUGGUUUUGUUUCACUCAGGAAGAGGAAAAGAGAAUUGCCUCAGUUAUGGCAAGAAAAGAAGAAGAGAAAAAGAAGGAAAUCAGUAAAUUAGCUGUACUGAAGGCAAGUUACCUGUUAACUACUGGCGCGCAAUACAUUUUUUACGUUUUAUUUAGGUUUGUGUUGUCUCCUUUCAGGAAAAGCGUCGUAUUGCUAUCAACAAUGCACAGCGACAGUGGGAGGUAUCACGCACCAGGGAAAUGUAAGUACCGCAGGCUACCCACUAAAAAUUUGUAUUCUUGAAAUGGUACACUGUACGUGUGAUCUAACUCUGGGAGAAAGUUCGUCCGAUAUGCCUUUUUCUCGGGACAAACUGAAUGUCGAUCAGAUUGGUUGGCUUGAUAUUUCAAGCGUUAAACGCUAGGUGAAUAACUAACUCAGAUUUCAAAUAUUUAGUGGUAGGAACGGCCAUGAUGCAGUCUGUGUGGUGCUAUGUUCAACAGCAUAUUGAGGAUAGCAUGAUUUCAUGACUUUCAGGAGAAUUUAUUUGUAUUUCGAAAAUCUGGGUUUGAAAUAAUUAAAAAUGGUGAUAUUUGGAAGUUUUCAGUCAACGAAAUACUUUAAGCUUACAAUAAAAUGGAAACGAAAUUACCAGUAACAAGAUGACAAGCACUGUUUGACAGGGUUCAGCUUUGUGCAGCUACUUAUUGAAUUUUAAAGGAUAAGCCAUGAUUAUUUUGGAUACCAUCUCCAUAAACACAAAACAUGCGAUGAACAAAAUUCUGUUUUUAUUUUAAUAAUAGUAAGCCAGACUCUUUGCCCUCAAGGGAUAACUUAGAAAUUUUGCCUCAGACCUCUCACAAUGAGCUGCCUGAUUCCUCAGAGUAAGUAAAGUUACAGCUUUUGUUAACGCAUAUGUUUGAGUGGCGCAGAAUCGUGAUUGCCGCAUACUUUAUUUUCUUCGGAUUGGGUCGUGAUCCUGAUAUCAUCUUGAAGGAAUCUCAUGUAUUUGGUGGUGAACACGAACUGCAAUAAUUUUUUAAGUUUUCAUGGCUAAUGUUAUUACUCAAUGCCUUCCUUAUAGCCCAGGAGCAGGAAAAACCAUAAGACAAAGUUGGUUGAGUAAUGGGAGAUCGAAAUUUCUGUCCACUCUAUCCUUUUUUAAAAGAUAUGCUACAUUGCAACGCUUUCGAGUAAUUCAUGUAUGCCAUGGAAUACCGCACGGGUCACUAUAGGCGAGUUUAUGGCGGAGAAACGUGAGGCAGUGUUGAUCAAGAAAAUACCAUUGACAAAUGUGAUAUUCAAAGAGAGUUUUUCUGUAUUGACACAAUAACAAAAUAUUUUAUGCUUUAUCCAGGCCCAGGGAUGCUGUCCCCUCCCCUCUGAGUAUAUGCCACUUAGCCGAGCUGGAUAGUGACACUUUGUUCUUGUAUGGCCCAGGCUCCCUAGACGCGCUGGAUCGUCACUGGGGCAGCCAGGCCGUACAAGCUGUCAGUGCGAUCUCCUUUAAAUUCAUCGAUUUUGACAACAUCGUUCCUCAGCUGUACAAGAUCAGGGCCCGCUUUCCUUCCCUGGUGGUGAGUACUUCAAGGAAAGAUUAAACGGAUCCAUAUAAUAUUAAAUUUGCUAGUGGAAUGGUAGACUUCAAAGUUAGGAAUCGAAAUAGUCCAGAGCUUCUUGAAGUUGUUGUAUUUAACUUUUAUAUGAUGUAGCAUAAACAAACUGCCCUCUUUUACACUUAGCAGUGCUUGUAGUUGUCUUCACCAAUUUGUUCAGUCGUUGCUUGGCAAAUGAUGUAAGUUUCUUUGAAAAUACGACCACAGAAGACCGACAUUGCUUUGUAGUGGAAUCGUGCGGGACAUGAGGAAAAGAAAAGCAUUAGAAAAUCAACAUUUUUUAGGUGUUUACACUAAUCAUCGGAGGACUUUGCAAGACAUGGAGCAAGAUUUGUUAUCAUCUUUUUGAAAUCUUUUGUAAGUCGUGGAGAUUUGUUCGAAAACGCGUGACGCCUGUUGGAAUAAAACCUCUACGAGUGGUUUACCUUUUAGGAGUGCUACACUCUGCAGGAAUUUGUAGAACUUUUGUCGUCGUAACAAAAUAAUGAACGUUUGCACACUACAUGAUGUGGGAGUAUCUCACAAGACAGAGCCAAGUCUCUACCCAACUGGCUAUUUCUUACUUUCGUCUUUGCAGGGUCUUAUUUUUACAGAAACUAACAUUAAAAGUCUGCAGCAAAUCAAUUGUUUAUCCUUGUUAAGAAGACUUGAACACAUCUCCAUCAGUACUGAGGGAAAUCCUAUAACAUCCUUCACUCUGUGGAAACCUUAUGUGUUGUUCCGUUUGGCACACUUCUCUCUUAGAAAGAUCAAUGAUAUUGAGGUUAGUGGAUUCUCGCUUAUUCUUUGUGAGCCUUUGACCCCUAUGAGUGAUGUUAUGAGUAAUUGUUGUAAACAUAAGCUUCUAGAAAUCUCCAGACUGCUGAGUCAUGCUGACUUGCAUACUGUAGAACUUUCUAGAACAUUUCAUCAAGUUUCGCAUUUAUUAUGUAAUAUUAAUAAAACAGUUUUUAUGUAAGCUUCUGGAAUGUUUCAGAACACUUUGUGAAUAUAUGUAAAGACUCACUUAUGUAGUAGUAGAGUUAGUGGUUGUUGUCGGAGCGAUGACUCUUUUAAAAGCUAUACCGAGAGAGAGUUACUGCGGAAGAUUGCUCAUUUUAAGGAACUUUGGAGGCAGCAGUGAGAUUGUGUCAGUGGUGAGAAAGGAUAUAGACUUUAGUGGGGUUAAUUAAGUUUAUUAGCGAUGAGUAUUGUACUGCUUUCAGAAGUCGCUCCUCGUUGCGAACAUUGAUCGCUCUUUAAUAAAGUAGUUGAGUCUGUGGGAUUGUAGUGUUUUUCUGUCGGUUAGAUUAUACCGUAACAGUUAUUGGCAGGUAAUUCUCCUCACACUAUCAACCCUGAAUCACACAUUAAGGUUAUGAGAAUAAAGGAAACGAUCACCAAGAAAGAAUCUCUCGAUUGAUAAACAAAUUCUCCAUGUCAGCACUUAAGGAACGUAGAGAGAACAAUAUGGAGAAUAUGCAUUCUGAUGUUAGGGUGUAAAGGGUCAAUGCUGAAGUGAUGAUGUAAAAUUAGUUUUAAUAGAAAGUUUCGGCCAAGCUGAAGGCCGACUCUGAUCAACUCUGAUUUACUUCGAUCGAUUCUAAUUGAUUGACGUCGAACUCAACAGUACACGCUUUAUACACACUAUCUUUGGACAUGAGUGGGCAUGUGGGCCAACUGACCUUGGAAGAAUAAACGUCUAUCAUAACACUAACCCAAACACUUUUCCUAGAAUCUCACAAGUGAACAACAACGUACCUAACGCUUAAUGUACUUAAAACCAAAAUGAGAACUUAAGGUUAGGACACAAACUAAGCAUGUCCAUUUAUGGAAAUAAAAGAAGACAGUUAAAAUCAGGAAUCUUGUCAUGAUCGUUAUAGCUUAAAUCCAAAUAACUUCGGACUUAGAAUUCAAAUCCUAACUAACUGUUCGAUGUAGACAAACUAUUUUAAUACUUUACAUCAAGUGAAUCAAUGAAAACCAUCAGGUAAUACUGUACGAUAAGAGCAGUGGUUGAUAAGGUUGGGAAAACACACUCCGCUUCAGCAAGUUGAAAUUUGAUAUGAUUCUUGAUUCGAGCUCGCCUUUGUGGAAAAGAGAAAUAAAAGACUGUUUGGAGCCCAUUCACUAGUCUGAGGCUUUUGGACACGCGUGUGAACUUUUGCUGUGAUUCAAGUUCUUUCUACGAUACAAACGAAUCGUGACAUAUGUACUCUUUUGUCUUGUUAUCAAAUUGGUUUACUCGCUCCUGGCCAGGUGACAGCUGAAGAUAAUGUCAAUGCCGAGAAACUGUUUGGGACCUUGGCUCAUAUUACUACAUCACAGUUGCCUCAAUCCAGGCUUCUUACCAUGCUAGGAGAUUCAAGGUCAGUUUUUUUAAAAUACUCUUUUCAAUUCGGUUGCUUUUGAACCUUUGCUGACAGUAAGAAUUCCGAUUGCAUAUUUGUUGGCGGUUAAUGUUGAUAUGCGCCCUAAUAUUUUACUGAGAGAAAGGAGGGCCUCCCACAGUGAAACGCUCCCUUAAUUCUGGCACGGUUUUCUAACAGCUAAGUUACGCUAAUGCUAUAUGAAAAGUCCUUUUUGGAUCAUGAUAUGUUUACAGUUUGCAUGGUGUGAGGUGCGAUCAUGCAAUAUCCAAGAUUUGGACUACCUAUUACAUAUACUUUUACAGCUACAUGGCAAAGUGGAAAUCUUUAUAAAAUAUAGUAUAUAUUCUCAGAGGAAACCCCCAGAUUUCAUGAAAAAGCCUGGCGUUCACUUCUUUAGUUCACCUUUAGUUUGCACAUCCCUAUCUGUCCUUUACUCGGUUAUGACCAGUUUUGCUGAAAAUUUCACUAGUCACGCUAAAUUGUAGUCUCUCUUGAAGCCGCUCUAUGGGAUGUCGCAAAACCCAGCGCUUUCGGCGGAGCGCGUAGUCAGCCUUUUUUCACCCUCAGAAUUUUGACAUUGUUCAGAAACGCAUCAAGCAGUGCACAAGUUAGGCUCGAUUUCCCGCCGCUGUUCGGGAAUAUGAGCCCGCGCUCCUCCUCUCGAACCCACUUCUUCUCGGGGAGGAGGGAAGACCGAACACGAGAGAGAGGCGGAAAUCGAGCCUAUGUAUAAUUCCGCUAUUUUCGGCUGUUUGCGUGACAAAAAAAUUUGAAGAAAGCUGUGGAAAAAAGUAUGAACAAGGUACCAGCACAUGACUACCAUGGAAAAUAAUUGUUUUUGAAUGCCCUUCACUUAGCUGGUGGUAAUCUAGUUUCAUGCAACUGGACCCUGACUAUUUUUCGGGUUGCAUUUUUGGUGUCAUACCUGUGUGAAUAAUUUCAUAAUUUUCUUUCGUUCCAUUUUCGCUCUUCAUUCACUAUUUAUUUCAUUUACUUCAGUAAUUUGAUUAUUACAGGCGGAAGCAAGUGCUUGAUGCAGAUAAGAAGAAAACUGAAGGAAAACACGAACGGUAAUUAAAGUUACAUUAAUAAUUUGUGGAUGAUGAGACUAAGCAUCUCAAAACACUACGUUUUAUCGUCUUUUUUCUAUCACACAGGGCGCCUUCGAACGAAUCUGUCAGCCGGGCAGGACUGCAGUACUGGCCAGCUGAUUCACAGAAGACUCAUAGCCAGGUACAUGUAAAUACAAAUUUUAAGUAAACUUCAUAUAUCGUCGACUAUAAUUCUCAGAAUAAGCGCUUUCCCGCCUAAAAAAUCAAGCUUCUUUGCAAUUGGCGCCUCCUCCAUUUCUUGUUUUAAUGUUGAGUAAGGAUAUGAGGGAUACAAAACAAAAAGAUCUGUUCAAUCAUACGCGUGGGCGCUUAUUCGAGGACUUGGUAUAGAACUUAAAGUAAUAAGCUACAUCAUACAGGCAUUUUGAUUUAUUGUUACUCACGAUCUAUUUGGGAACAGACGCCUGUACAAAAAAAAAAAAAAAAAAAAAAAUGCCGGUAAUAUUCAGCUUAUCAUGCAUAAAAGAGGUCUUGUACGAAAAAUGUUGCAAUGCGCCUGAUCAGUAGUGGAUCACAAUAGACGUCACAUUGUCGUUAUUUAUCUUUUGUUGUUUUGAAAUAGGUUAGCUUUACGAUCUUUAUUUUCACUAAAACAGAGUAUGGAGUAUGAAGAUCUUUAUACAUUUUUCUGGUAGUUGAACUGUAAUUGUCAAACCUCCCUUGAGUCAGUCGCCUGAGGGUCUCGUCGACUCCAGCUCUCGUCGAAAGUUCCUUUAAGGGCAGUUCUUGUAUAUUUAUUUGCGCACCUUAUAUCGUUAAACAUGCUUCCUUUGUGGUUACCCUUAACAUGUUUUCAUCUUGUUUAAACGUACUCGACUACAAAUUCCACUUAAUUGAAUAAAUAGUUCACCCAACGAUGAAAGCUGUUUCUUAACACGAGGUGACAUUUCUAAAUAUUUCUUGUUUCGUUUGGCAGGAAGCAGAGGAAAGGCGCACAUUUGCUGUGAAUUAUAUGAAAGAGAUAGCCCACACGGCCAUACUUACUGACCGAAAGAAAAAGAAACUGAAUGAGAUAUUGCCAGGGUUGUUAAGUAACAUGGUUGAAAGAGCUCUCACAGACUUAAAUGAUUUAGACAACUUUAUGAAGAACCGCUUUGAGGAAGUGAAAAGCAAGUGACGUUGAGGAAGAAAGUGUAAGAAAAGUAAUAUUCAUCACCUAACGAGCCCUGUCUGCGGUACUAACUCUGAUAUGGCAGAAUGAGACUUUGAGAGUCUGCAACGCCCUGGACGUUCACAGCUCUGGGACUGGAGAAAGACAGAGCACAGCGGUGAAGUUUUAAAAUUAUGUCUAAAGUAACAUUCAUUCUGGCAAAAUAAAAAGAAUAUCUGCGAUUGGUUAUAAUAUGCGAGCGUC